AUGACUGUUCAAGAUUUGUCUCAGUUGGUUGCGGUUGCGCCAGAACCUUUGAACGCCAACGACUUGCCCGAUCCCACCUUCAAUGCCCACUCGCCUCAUUCUCAUAAUGAUCCCUGGCUUCGGAAAAUCAUUCGUGUUUUAGUCCCAAUUCAGAAAUACAGCAGUAUGGGAUUUGCAUCCUUUUUAGGGCUCCAUGUAACCUCGGUGGCAAUUAUACCGGGAUUAGGGGCUCCAUUGCCCGAAUCUCAGCAGAUUUUCGAAAUGGGAAGAGCUUUAUACCAAUGGGCUCCGGUUGAAAAAUUCAUUUUUAUCAGUUUGGGAAUUCAUGUAGUCAGUGGAAUUAGUCUUCGAAUUGCCAGAACGGUUCUUGGAACCCGCAGAAAGAAGAGGAACAGUUUUGAGCCCAUCAAAAGUCCCGAAGACGACGAUAUUGGCCUUGGGGGAAUCACCAGUUUACUUGGAUUGGGAUAUAGACGGUCUUGGAUCUCCACCCAAUUUCCUGGAUUAAGUCCAUUAUCAUUUUCCGGCUAUGUUCUUAUGCCGUUGCUCGCUUACCACUACUACAAGUUUCGGUUAAGGCCGUUACAGGUGGACGGAGACUCUUCUCUCGUCAAUCUUCACUACGUUGCCUACGUUCUCAAGGGCUCAGUAUGGGGUCAUAUUGGCAAUUGGGUCAAUACCUUGCUGUUGGCAGGUUUGGUAUGGGUUACUAUGUACCAUUGGGUCAGUGGAGUGAUGAGAUACCAACGUUGGUUCAGUGCUAGGAGUAGAUGGUGGGGGUACGUUGUGAUCAAUUCGGUGACGGCGCUCGCCAUGGUAUCCAUCACCAGGCUCCGUAUGCUAAAGCUCGAUACAGAUUAUGUGGGAAGACACUUUAUGGCGUAUGUUCAGUGA